UUCUGUGGUUUGCCCUUGUCUUCAACCGUCCAUCUGAGCAUCCGAGGAUCUCACCCAAAGAGCUAAAAUAUAUCUCGGAAGAGACUCACUCUUACCUCAAUACCAAGAAAAAGGUUUUAAAAAUAAGAGCCUUAAAAAAUCAAAAUAAAAGCCUUAACAUAUCAAUAUAACAGACUUAACAUAUCAAUAUAACAGACUUAACAUAUCAAUAUAACAGACUUAACAUAUCAAUAUAACAGACUUAACAUAUCAAUAUAACAGACUUAACAUAUCAAUAUAACAGACUUAACAUAUCAAUAUAACAGACUUAACAUAUCAAUAUAACAGACUUAACAUAUCAAUAUAACAGACUUAACAUAUCAAUAUAACAGACUUAACAUAUCAAUAUAAAGACUUAACAUAUCAAUAUAACAGACUUAACAUAUCAAUAUAAAAGACUGAAAAUAUCAAUAUAACAGACUUAACAUAUCAAUAUAACAGCCUUAAAAUAUCAAUGUAACAGCCUUAACAUAUCAAUCUAACAGCCUUAACAUAUCAAUAUAACAGACUUAACAUAUCAAAAAAACAGCCUUAACAUAUCAAUAUAACAUCCGUAACAUAACAAAUGUAACAGCCUUAACAUAUCAAUAUUACAGCCUUAAAAUAUCAAAAAUAACAGCCUUAACAAAUCAAAAUAACAGCCUUAACAAAUCAAUAUAACAGCCCAAACAUAUCAAUAUAACAGCCUUAACAUAUCAAUAUAACAGCCUUAACAUAUCAAAAUAACAUCCUUAACACAUCAAAAUAACAGCCUUAACAAUCAAUACAAUAGCCUUAACAUAUCAAUAUAACAGCCUUAACAUAUCAAUAUAACAGCCUUAACAUAUCAAUAUAACAGACUUAACAUAUCAAUAUAACAGCCCUAACAUAUCAAAAUAACAGCCUUAACAUAUCAAAAUAACAGCCUGAACAUAUUAUUAUAAUAGCCUUAACAUAUCAAUAUAAUAGCCUUAACAUAUCAAUAUAACAGACUUAACAUAUCAAUCUAACAGACUUAACAUAUCAAUAUAACAGACUUAACAUAUCAAUAUAACAGACUUAACAUAUCAAUAUAACAGACUGAAAAUAUCAAUAUAACAUACUUAACAUAUCAAUAUAACAGACUUAACAUAUCAAUAUAACAGACUGAACAUAUCAAUAUAACAGACUUAACAUAUCAAUAUAACAGACUUAACAUAUCAAAAUAACAGACUUAACAUAUCAAUAUAACAGACUUAACAUAUCAAUAUAACAGACUUAACAUAUCAAUAUAACAGACUUAACAUAUCAAUAUAACAGACUUAACAUAUCAAUAUAACAGACUUAACAUAUCAAUAUAACAGACUUAACAUAUCAAUAUAACAGACUUAACAUAUCAAUAUAACAGACUUAACAUAUCAAUAUAACAGACUUAACAUAUCAAUAUAACAGACUUAACAUAUCAAUAUAACAGACUUAACAUAUCAAUAUAACAGACUUAACAUAUCAAUAUAACAGACUUAACAUAUCAAUAUAACAGACUUAACAUAUCAAUAUAACAGACUUAACAUAUCAAUAUAACAGACUUAACAUAUCAAUAUAACAGACUUAACAUAUCAAUAUAACAGACUUAACAUAUCAAUAUAACAGACUUAACAUAUCAAUAUAACAGACUUAACAUAUCAAUAUAACAGACUUAACAUAUCAAUAUAACAGACUUAACAUAUCAAUAUAACAGACUUAACAUAUCAAUAUAACAGACUUAACAUAUCAAUAUAACAGACUUAACAUAUCAAUAUAACAGACUUAACAUAUCAAUAUAACAGACUUAACAUAUCAAUAUAACAGACUUAACAUAUCAAUAUAACAGACUUAACAUAUCAAUAUAACAGACUUAACAUAUCAAUAUAACAGACUUAACAUAUCAAUAUAACAGACUUAACAUAUCAAUAUAACAGACUUAACAUAUCAAUAUAACAGACUUAACAUAUCAAUAUAACAGACUUAACAUAUCAAUAUAACAGACUUAACAUAUCAAUAUAACAGACUUAACAUAUCAAUAUAACAGACUUAACAUAUCAAUAUAACAGACUUAACAUAUCAAUAUAACAGACUUAACAUAUCAAUAUAACAGACUUAACAUAUCAAUAUAACAGACUUAACAUAUCAAUAUAACAGACUUAACAUAUCAAUAUAACAGACUUAACAUAUCAAUAUAACAGACUUAACAUAUCAAUAUAACAGACUUAACAUAUCAAUAUAACAGACUUAACAUAUCAAUAUAACAGACUUAACAUAUCAAUAUAACAGACUUAACAUAUCAAUAUAACAGACUUAACAUAUCAAUAUAACAGACUUAACAUAUCAAUAUAACAGACUUAACAUAUCAAUAUAACAUACUUAACAUAUCAAUAUAACAGACUUAACAUAUCAAUAUAACAGACUUAACAUAUCAAUCUAACAGACUUAACAUAUCAAUAUAACAGACUUAACAUAUCAAUAUAAUAGACUUAACAUAUCAAUAUAACAGCCUUAAAAUAUCAAUGUAACAGCCUUAACAUAUCAAUCUAACAGCCUUAACAUAUCAAUAUAACAGACUUAACAUAUCAAUAUAACAGACUUAACAUAUCAAUAUAACAGACUUAACACAUCAAUAUAACAGACUUAACAUAUCAAUAUAACAGACUUAACAUAUCAAUAUAACAGACUGAACAUAUCAAUAUAACAGACUUAACAUAUCAAUAUAACAGACAUAACAUAUCAAUAUAACAGACUUAACAUAUCAAUAUAACAGACUUAACAUAUCAAUAUAACAGACUUAACAUAUCAAUCUAACAGACUUAACAUAUCAAUAUAACAGACUUAACAUAUCAAUAUAAUAGACUUAACAUAUCAAUAUAACAGCCUUAAAAUAUCAAUGUAACAGCCUUAACAUAUCAAUCUAACAGCCUUAACAUAUCAAUAUAACAGACUUAACAUAUCAAUAUAACAGACUUAACAUAUCAAUAUAACAGACUUAACAUAUCAAUAUAACAGACUUAACAUAUCAAUAUAACAGACUUAACAUAUCAAUAUAACAGACUUAACAUAUCAAUAUAACAGACUUAACAUAUCAAUAUAACAGACUUAACAUAUCAAUAUAACAGACUUAACAUAUCAAUAUAACAGACUUAACAUAUCAAUAUAAAGACUUAACAUAUCAAUAUAACAGACUUAACAUAUCAAUAUAAAAGACUGAAAAUAUCAAUAUAACAGACUUAACAUAUCAAUAUAACAGCCUUAAAAUAUCAAUGUAACAGCCUUAACAUAUCAAUCUAACAGCCUUAACAUAUCAAUAUAACAGACUUAACAUAUCAAAAAAACAGCCUUAACAUAUCAAUAUAACAUCCGUAACAUAACAAAUGUAACAGCCUUAACAUAUCAAUAUUACAGCCUUAAAAUAUCAAAAAUAACAGCCUUAACAAAUCAAAAUAACAGCCUUAACAAAUCAAUAUAACAGCCCAAACAUAUCAAUAUAACAGCCUUAACAUAUCAAUAUAACAGCCUUAACAUAUCAAAAUAACAUCCUUAACACAUCAAAAUAACAGCCUUAACAAUCAAUACAAUAGCCUUAACAUAUCAAUAUAACAGCCUUAACAUAUCAAUAUAACAGCCUUAACAUAUCAAUAUAACAGACUUAACAUAUCAAUAUAACAGCCCUAACAUAUCAAAAUAACAGCCUUAACAUAUCAAAAUAACAGCCUGAACAUAUUAUUAUAAUAGCCUUAACAUAUCAAUAUAAUAGCCUUAACAUAUCAAUAUAACAGCCUUAACAUAUCAAUAUAACAGCCUUUACAUAUCAAUAUAACAGCCUUAACAUAUCAAUAUAACAGCCCUAACAUAUCAAUAUAACAGCCUUAACGUAUCAAAAUAACAACCUUAACGUAUCAAAAUAACAACCUUAACAUAUUAAAAUAACAGCCUUAACAUAUCAAUAUAACAGCCUUAACAUAUCAAUAUAACAGCCUUAACAUAUCAAAAUAACAGCCUUAACAUGUCAAAUAACAGCCUUAACAUAUCAAUAUAACAGCCUGAACAUGUCAAAUAACAGCCUUAACAUAUCAAUGUAACAGACUUAACAUAUCAAUAUAACAGCCUUAACAUAUCAAAAUAACAGCCUUAACAUGUCAAAUAACAGCCUUAACAUAUCAAAAUAACAGCCUUAACAUAUCAAUAUAACAGCCUUAACAUGUCAAAUAACAGCCUUAACAUAUCAAUAUAACAGCCUUAGUUAUGGCUUUUAAAGUUAUCGCCGUUAAAGUCUUAGCUGUUAAAGUUAUUGCUGUUUAAGAUAUCGCUGUUAAACUUAUAGCUGUUAAAAUUACAGCGAUAACUUUAACAACUAUAUAGAUCAUUUUAACAGCUAUGACUUUAACAGCGCUAUCCUUACGAUAACUUUAAUAGCUAUGACUUUAACAACAAUAACUUUAACAUCUAUGACUUUAACAGCAAUAACUUUAACAUCUAUGACUUUAACAACAAUAACUUUAACAGCUAUGACUUUAACAGCAAUAACUUUAACAUCUCUAACUUAGACAGCGAUACUUUUAUCAACUAUAACUUUAAUAGCGAUAACUUAACAGCGAUAACUUUAACAGCGAUUGCUUUAACAGAGAUAACUCCUACCAAUUGUGUUUGAUCUCAAGCUCAGGUUCACCCACCUUGGCUAAAAAUGCUCGCCUCCCCUGCCGUGUGGGCCAUUGUGAUAGCCACCUCCACCUUCACGUGGGUCUACUCCUGGGUCUUGUGCUACCUGCCCAUGUACAUGCAGGAUGUGUUGCGAUACAACAUUUCACAGGUACACCUCCUUAACAUCUUGGUUAGCUCAGUUGUAAAUCUUAUUUACAUCUUAUUAAGUUCAGCUAUAAAUCUGUGACGUACUUGCAAGUUAUUUUGACGUAGUUACACAUUAUUUUGACGCAAUUGCCAGUUAUUGUGACGUAUUUGCCAGUUAAUGUGACGUAUUUGCCAGUAAUUGUGACGUAAUUGCCAGUUUUUGUGACGCCAUUGCCAGUUAUUGUGACGUAAUUGCCAGUUAUUGUGGCGUUAUAGCCAGUUAUCUUGUGUGAUCGUCAUGAGUUAUUAUUCUAUUACCAUUUCACACAAAAACACACAAAAUUAAUAACAAUAACAAUGUGUGUUAACAAAGUAAUGCAGGUUAUAAAACAUCUUUGCCCUCAGAACGCCAUGCUGUCGUCGCUACCUUUUGUAGGUAAAUUUGCAACAGGUCUUAUAUGUGGCUACCUGGCAGACAGACUGCUGAGAACAAGUUUGUCUGUUUCUAGAAAUAGGAAAAUAUUUCAAAUGAUCGGCAAGUAUUAA